UAGAAUAUAUGGUGACUAAAUACAAAUUCAAACCCUGCUAAUUACUUCCAUUGCAGUCCGCAUCCACUCGUCUCCUUUAAGAAUUACAGCUUUAAAUAUGGAGGCAAUAUUCGCAGCACCUCCGCCCCACGAUGUGCACGUUUAGGGUGUGUUCUGGGUACGAAACUGUUUCAAACCAGCCGACUGUCUUACUUAGUGGUAUACUGGUGGGUAAAUUAUUUCAAAAUAUUACAUUGAUGGGUAAUUUGUGUGUGGUGAAAUGAAAUCUAAUACACGUCUAUUAAGUGACACUUGGACGUGAACAAACACGAACCCGUCCUUAAAGAAAUUCAGCCCUUGUUUCUGAGAGAUAAUAAAGACGAAACUUGACAAUUAAAGUUAUAUCUCUCAGAACUUCAUAUUUUUACAGGACGUUUGUUGGAUACUGGCUUGAAGUCUGGUCGCUGUUGGCAUUAAGGAGUUGAGGAGUUGGCUUCUCCACGUUUCUGCUGUCGUGGAAAUGCGCCAGACGCUUGAAUAUUAAACAUCAGGCUAAUCACGUUGUUACUCCCACAAUAACUGCAGAUGAGAGAGAUCUUGCAAAGGUUAAAAAAAGGAGAAACUUCUACUUUAUUCACUAACUCUCUUCUUGUUUCUAAUAUAUAUGAUUUUCUUGUGCGUAUUUUUCUUUUUCCUGAAACAUUAAUUAUGAGAGUGUGAAAAAAUAAUCCCUUUUUUCCACCCUCAGCUGUGGAGCAAAACCACACACGUGUGUGAUUUACAACUAUUGCAGUAUAAAGUGUAACCUAAUCACAUCAUGGAAUAUUCCUUUUUUUUUCCUUCUAAAUUUAACAACAUGCACUAUUAUCUCUGUGACUUCUGCCGCUAAUCUCACCAUCGCUACAUCAUCCGCGUGUCCCACAGAGCCAAACUGCUCGACUAUAAACAUUGGUAGAUAAUGUUGUCAGUCAGGAUGAGCGAAAAACAAACUUAAAAUUACAUGAUAUCACUUAUAACUUACACAAAGUCCCCUUCUCCUAAAAUCUGAGCUUUCAUGGAAAAUAUGUUAAGCUGGAAGGAGCCGGUUUCCUGCUGUCAAAUUCCUCAUCCUUUAAAUAAAAAACACAAGAGAUUAUUUGGACUUCUCCCCCUCUUAGCACACAGCAAAUAUUUUAGAGAGAGGGGUCUCUAAAUAACUGCUAGUUUGCAUGCAUACUCUAGUGUGAAGUUCAUUCUUGUCUGUCUAGACUCUGAUUACGACCCUGUUUGUCUGCGUUUUUUUACCUUGACCUUGGACUUCCGUGCAGCUGCCGUUUGGAUGAGCCCAUUCGCAGUUGUAAUUUCCUUGAGACAAAAGAGGCUGAAGCCCCUGUCCGGAGAGAAGCGGACAGGGGUCUGAGCUUCCCCUUUUUUUUUUUUAACAAACACACAACGGUGGCCUGAUUAUCUCCGAGACAACUCAGCAGUGCAAAAAUGUUGGAUAAAACCAGGCACCCUUCGCGGGGCAGCUUGAAGCCUGCUUUAUGAGUGACUCAUGGGAUAGGCAUCACAAGCUUAUUUUAUGGAUACUCUGUGGGCCUGUCCCGUUGGUGAUAUUUCAAACUCUAAAAUACAGAUAAAGUUUUUAAAUAUUAGUCUAGAAGUAAUUUUAAAGAGAGUGCUGGGGUGGAAAGGGAAUGGAGGAUUUCCGCAGCUGAUUACAGGGGCCUUGUGACGAGAGAUGAGCUGACGAGACAUUUUUUUAUAUUUUUAUUUUUAUUUUGAGGAGAGCUCUAGUCACGUUCCAGUCCCUCGAAUGUGAAAUAGGACGUGUGUAAAAACAGUUUGCGGAAGAUGGUUCCUGAGUGAAAUAAGCCCGCUUUUCCACCAUGGUGUCUAAUUAAAUAGUCUGCACACAGUCCAGCUCAAAGCCGCCCCUUGUUCUUAUUUUCGCCCAUAAGCUUCAGCAUCCACUUGCAUGUUAUGUGUGAAUGGCUCAGUGGAACGGAAACGUCACAUUAAUUCGUCUCACGCUCUUUAUUAAUGUUCAUGUUAUCGCUGAGAAAAAGCGUUUGGACCUCACCGAGAUUAUUACUACGGGAGGUAAUCUUGGGCCAAACAUAUUGCGGGAACAGUUGUGUGGCGGCUAAACGAGGCUGUCAUUAAUUUGUAAGUACCAACUGUAAUUUCAAUCUUCGAAUUAAAGAUGCGCAGUGUCCUGAAAUGUAAAUUGGCGAUGACGAUAUCUUACCUGGAAUAGCUUUCAGCUCGUCCUGUGGCUGUUCAGGUGCAGCGGCACACAUUCAACUUUGCUCAGACUAAAAGCUGCCUAGUUCUGCAUCUCACACACAAAAAAGACACACGCACGCACGCACACACACACACACACACUGCAGAUAUAAAACAGUUUCUAAAAUUAAAUAAAAACGAAUCAAGUAAGGCUAAAAAGUCACUCAGCCUCCAUCAUAUGAGCCUGUGACAGUCAACAUUAUCAGUAGGCAUAAUUAAAAAUGUCCUGCUGGAACAGUAACACUCCACAGGAAAGCUUUGGUGACAGAUUCUCAUCUCAGCAUGUUAAUAGGUGACCCAGUGGCAGUUGUAUUCGGGUUUAAAGGAAAUGCGUCCUUCAGAAAAAGGAGUCUUGAUAAGAUUGGAUGGUUUACACACACACACACACACACACUCUCUCUAACACACACAUUUGCUUUUGAGAGCACAGCAUUUCUUAACGCGCAAUAUUUAGUUUUAAUAUAGACAAUAAAUUGACCACAGACCAGGGAUUCCAGAUUAAAUCAGUUCCUUUUUAUUAUAAGAUUUAAUAAUCAGACUAAACCUCAUCCGGAGCGUACCGCAUCCACUGAGGGAAACACAAAGUUUGCGCACCAAUGCGUCAGGACGCAAGUAGACAAUUCAGAUAUUGCAUUAUUAGAUAUUUAUAUUUUUUAUUUUAUUUUCCAUGCACAUACUGUGACAUGUAUGAGAGGCUGUUAUAUUCUCUGGCAGUCCUCGGAGUCGGCCAAAUUUCAUACGUUGUUUUCGUUUGCCCCAAUCCUGAAACUAUUCAAACUCCCCUUUAAGGGUGUGGGUCUAAGUGAUUUAAGCCAAUGAUAUGACUCGGUAUUCUGCAGGAAAAAACUGUGACAUGUGAGGCAGUGGGUCUUUAAAGGGCUGCUCUGCCCCAACUCGCAAGCCCAAUCUCGUAGGACUUGUUAGCGUAUCACGUGCCAGAUUCUUAAUGAAGUGGACACACGAGGGCCUCGUGUGCGCAUGCGCUUGGUGUAAAAUGUAGUUGGAAAUGAGGUGUCCGUCUUGGAGUAGUCGACUUUUAAAAAGCAUCGGCAGCCCCUGAUAUGACGACUUCGCUGGUUCUGCAUCCACGCUGGGCGGACACCUUGAUGUACGUUUAUGAAAAAAGCCCGAAUGAAAACAACCAGAAUAAAAGCCAAACAAUGGAGGGACUGAGCGGUAAUUGCCCUGCGACCCACUGCAGGGACCUGAUGUCGCACCCCGCGCUGGGACGACAUUCUGGCACCAUAGCGACCCACCAGGGCUCCGUCUACUCGGAUAUUUCCUCUCCAGACACCGGCCGGCAGUGUCCCGCUCCUCAGACAUCGUCCAGUGCAUCUUUGAGCUACGGUUACCCCUUUGGAAACCCGUAUUACGGCUGUCGAUUAUCUCAUUCGCACAACGUGAACUUGCAGCAGAAGCCCUGCUCGUACCAUCCCGCAGAGAAAUAUGCCGAGCCCAGCACAGCGCUGCCCACGGAAGAACUGUCCUCCAGGGCGAAAGAGUUUGCCUUCUACCCGAGUUUCGCCAGCUCAUAUCAGGCUGUUCCUGGAUACCUCGACGUGUCAGUGGUGCCCAGUAUCAGUGCCCAUCCUGAACCGCGGCACGACGCAUUGAUCCCCAUGGAGGGCUACCAGCACUGGGCUCUCUCCAAUGGCUGGGAUGGGCAGGUGUACUGCUCCAAAGACCAAACGCAGUCAACUCAUCUUUGGAAAUCACCUUUUCCAGAUGUUGUGCCACUGCAGCCUGAGGUCAGCAGUUAUCGUCGUGGGCGUAAAAAGCGUGUCCCGUACACCAAGAUCCAGCUGAAGGAGCUGGAGAAAGAGUAUGCAGCCAGCAAGUUCAUCACCAAAGACAAGAGAAGGCGCAUCUCGGCCGCCACCAACCUCUCAGAGCGUCAAGUCACCAUCUGGUUUCAAAACCGACGAGUCAAGGAGAAAAAAUUUGUCAGUAAAUCCAAGAGCACUCACAUGCACACUACUUGAUAAGAUCAGCGACCUCCUUUUUGAAACUGCAACUCAUACCUUCCAAAAAAAACCAUCUUGCCAUAUAUUUUACCUCUUGCAUCGAAAAAUCGUGGCUGACGAACAUUUUGGCAGUGUUUUUUUUUUCUUUUAAUUUAAGUUCCAUCAUCGACCAUGCCAACACGCCCCCUGUUUUCAAUUUAGAGAGAAUGCUCUAAAAACUGUGAAAAUAUUGCAAAAUUAACUUCACAUUUGUUUUAUAUGAAUGUACAUAUAUAAAUAUAUAAUAUUUAAAACGAUAUCUGUAUUUCAAAGACAAGUAUUGCGUGUUUUUUUCUUUUUUUUCUCUCAUUUUUUUUCCAAGCCAAAUCACGAACGGACCGGUGACAUUUCUAAGACUUGCAACGGGGAGAUCAAAAACAGAGGAGACGGUUCUUUUUGUCAUUUUUUGAGAAAAACAAAACAACCGAAUCGCCACAUGGACAUGAAUUGUGGUGUCAUGACACGUUGAACUUGAGACUUUUUACCAUCUUCAACAGAAAGCUCACAGAGGACUUUCGAGCGAAAGAGUGUGAUGCUGAAUUUCAAAAGGCUAUGUUCCUCUGUGUGGGAUAUGUUCUCUUAAGCCUGGGGUAAAAACAAAGGCUGCUAUGUUGUUAUUCUGUAUAGUGCAAUGCCUUUAUUAUUUAAUUCAUAUUAUCUAGUAUGGCGGAACUGUAAACUGGAAAUAUCCCAAGACCUGUAUGUUUUCCUUUGUCAGUGAAGGAUUCUGUCAUGCAACUGGAAUGAUUGUAAACCAUUAAAGUCAGUGAGUAUUACACAUAAAUGCACAAUCGUUUAUUUUUUAUUUUCUGUUGUCUUUGUUAGUGUAGCAUUUCAGCUGAUCACACACCUUGUACGGAGCCUGUAAUUUCUUACUUUUCGUGCAGUAUGUUGAACUGUAUUGUGGUGUUGAAUUACGUACUGGUAACGUGUUUCAUAAAUAAAUGAUGAUUAUGAAAAUG